GCGCUCGUUCUAGGUCUCGGACGGAUAGUUCUUGAGUUGUUCAACGACUUAUGUCCGAAGGCAACGGAAAACUUCAAGAAGCUUUGUCAUGGUAAUUUACUUUUCCAUGCUUACAUAUUAACAGCGACGGAACCGGUGGGGAAUCAAUUUAUGGCAGACGAGUGCUUGUCGACUCCUCAUGAUCGUCCGUUUUUGUUGUCAAUGGCCAAUAGAGGACCCAACACCAACGGAUCCCAGUUUUUUAUUACCACUGCGCCAGCGCCUCAUCUUGACGGAAAACACAUGGUUUUCGGCCAUGUCUUGUCAGGGCAGGACGUCGUCCGAAAGAUAGAAGCGGUUCCUAUAGCAGAUACGAAAACUCAUCGCCCUGUCAAACCUAUUGCGAUCGAAGCCUGCGGUGAGUUGAUACCUGGUAAGUGCUUGUUGGUCAAUAAUGUUGGCAAAAAAGCAGAAGAAAUACCCGAAGUACCCCUCCCGAAAUUUCUCUAUCGUGGAAACUUGGCAGCCGACAAGCAAGAAGCAUCAAAGAUGAACGAAGAAGAAACCAAGUAUGUCCUCAGCUCUUCAGCAUAA